AAGCCACUCAAUUCUUAAGCACCACUACUCCACUCGCAUAUAACAAGCCCAAUCACUCACUCUCUCCCCUUUACACAUAUUAUUCUAGCCAAUAUGGCCGCAGUUGACGACAAAGUCAGCAUCGAGCAUGUCGAGUCGGGAGAUCACUACACCAAACACCAUGUCACCCAGGAGGAGGUCAAGCAUGGUGACAAUGCCCUGAAAUACAUUGGUGAUGAACGAGUAGAAGUCACACAAGAGGAUGAUGCGCGAAUUAGGAGGAAAACCGACAAGUACAUUUUGUCUUUACUAGCAUGGGUGUACUUCUUGCAAAUCCUAGACAAGACUGUAUUGGGUUAUGCCAACACUUUCGGUCUCUCCGAGGACACAAAUCUCGUUAACAACCAAUACUCUCUCCUUGGUUCCAUCAAUGCCAUUGUCCAGUUGGCUUGGCAGCCAUUCUCGUCCUACUUAAUCGUCAAAGUUCCUGCCAGAUAUCUCAUGCCUGCCAUGGUUUUCGGCUGGGGUGCCGCUCAAGCAUGCAUGGCCGCGGCUCACAAUUUUGGCGGUUUAAUGGCGUCGCGAGCCAUUUUGGGUCUGUUUGAAGCUGGUUGUCUUCCGCUCUUUUCUCUCCUUACCUCUCAGUGGUACCGUCGAUCUGAGCAACCUGUCCGAGUGGCCGUCUGGUACUCGACUAAUGGUCUUGCCACUAUCGUGGCCGCUCUUCUUUCCUUCGGUCUCAGCCACGUCGACUCCCCUCACAUCAAGUCCUGGCAACUCAUUUUCAUUGUCUGUGGGAUUAUCACCUGUGUUACAGCUCCAAUCGUCUACAUGUUCGUCGAUGCCGAUGUCGCUUCGGCUCGUUUCCUUACGGAAGAAGACAAGGCCAAAGGCAUUGAGCGACUCCGUGCGAACCAAACAGGUACCGGUUCCAACGAGUUCAAAGUAUCUCACGUCUGGGAACUCUUCUGCGAUCCCAAGUCCUAUCUUUUCUUGGCGAUUUCUCUUCUCCUCAAUGUUGGCGCCUCAGUGACUAACAUCUUUGGGCCGACGCUCAUCAAGGGCUUUGGAUUCAACAGCAGGAUCACCUCUCUGCUCAAUAUGCCAUUCGGAUUCCUUCAGUUCGUCGCGAUUCUGGCUGGGUGUUACUGCGCGUACAAGUUCAAGCUCAAGUCAGCUGUCCUCGCCGUUUUUAUCAUCCCUGUUAUCAUUGGUCUCGCUCUCUUGUAUGUCGAGAAUGCCGCAGCUGUUUUGAAGCAAGCUCCUGCUCUUGUCGGAUAUUAUCUCCUUGCCUUCCUUUUCGGCGCCAAUCCAAUCAUCGUAUCUUGGAUCGUUGCCAACACUGGUGGUCAAACAAAAAAGGCUCUCCUUAUGAGUGUAUACAACGCCGGAUCUUCCGCUGGUAAUAUCAUUGGUCCUUUGCUCUUCCAAGACAAGGACAAGCCUCACUAUCUUCCUGGUAUCAAAGCCACUCUCGGUAUCUUCUGUGCCUUGAUGGCGUGUGUCGGUAUCACUGCGGCUCUUCUUUUCGCUCUUAACAAACAGAGGCAGAGACAACGUGUUGCUGUCGGCAAACCUCAAUACAUCAAGGAUACUUCUAUGAGCAACAAGUACGAAGCCUAUGGUGCUGAUGACGUGGACGGAAGGCUCGGUCAGAAUGCCUUGCUUGACUUGACCGACUUUAAAAACGACGAGUUCGUGUAUGUGUAUUAGGAGUCAAAGCUUGUUGCGCCUGGGUGGAAUCCACCGGCUAUUGGCAUAAUAAGGUGGUAUAUGAUCAUGUAGGGGUCGUUUAGAGCAUUUUUCGAUCAUCAAACAUAUCUAGUGUAAUCAGUAUAUUGAUACGUGUACAACUACAAUGCAAGAAUCA